GAAUGUCUCUCGAGGCGGCGCGUGCGAGCGCGGCCAAGGGGAGCGAUGCAGCUGGCGGGGUCUGGGGGAGCCAGCGCUUCAGAGCAGCGUCUCCUGUAAGAGCCAUCGGGCAGCUCCGCAACUAGCUGGAUUUUUGCAUUGCGUAGGGAAAGGAACCGCUCUGCUGUUGAAUUAAAACAAAAUUAUUAUUUUUUUGGCAUGGAAGGGUGAGGGCUUGCACCCUAGGCGGACGGCAGUGAUCUGAAGCAAAAGCCAGGUCCGCAGCAGACGGAGGAGGAUGUGUGAAUGAAUUGCCAGGUCCCCUUCGAUCCUGCUUUGCAGAGACGGCUGCAUUGCCCCUGGAAGACCAGACCAUCGCUAGUUCUUCUGGCUCAUUUGGUGUGUCUGCAGCGGAGAUAGCGCAUCGCCCCGCAGCGGGAGCUGCUGGCUAGAACCUGCCCCCGUGCGCUCUGCUGGCUGGGAAAUCGCCCUGUGAGCUAGCGGGUGGCUCCGGCUCUCCAAAGGAGCCGAUUGAUUUGGUCCCCCCAGCUCCCCGGACACUCAUGCUGAGUCUGCUGAAGGGAAAGCUCAGUGUAUGUCCCCUCUGUAAAGGAUACAUCCACUCCUCCAGACCAUUAGUGUACUGAGAGCCUAAAAACCAUCCAAUCCACGCUCCUCAUUUGCUGCAGCGCUCUCCGCUGGGGCGAGGAGGGAUUUUGAUCAUCUCUAGGACAUGUUUUCUUUUUCUGUGCGACUAACCGCCAAAGAUUGGUCCCAGCACCGCCCUCCCUCUGCCCUUCGUAGUUUGGUUCCGAGUCCGUUCAGAUGGCCAACAAAUGGUGGUUUGGCCAGGCACUAACCCCAGGUGGGAGUUGUCAUCACUGAUUCUCUUCUGCCUUCCACGCAGCAGCCCGCGCAGAAAUGUGCUGGCUCGUCAGCACGCUUCUUGUAAGGUACCUUGGAGCGGGAGCCUUCGCUUCUCGUGCCGGGAUAAUUGUUUUGAUCCAAGAGAGGAUUUGCAGUUUUCCAAUGCUAAUAAAACUGAGUAGUCUGGGGCAGUGAUUCUGGUUUAUGGUGGGAGUUCAGGUGAUUUUCCUCUCUCCUUCCCCAGCCCCCUUCCUGUGAAAGUUCCGUAUAAUUAUUUAAACAAAUGACCAGUUCCCUAGAGAAUUGGGAGAGGAAAUGACAGAUUGGGGAGAACCCUCUAGGAAGCUACCCCUGGGAUUCCAGGUAUUUAUGAGGCACUUGUAGCAAGCUCCAGGAGACCCCAGUUUGUAGAGGGGAGGGUGGUUGUUCACCGAAUUGGCUGUGCUCUCCUGACAACUAGCAGGAAUCUUGUAUCACUGACAACCUGAGACUUUUGUGUGAACCAGGACUUUGCCAAAGAAGGAAGGAUCUGCAGUUUUCGCUCCCCUUGCAUUGUUCCCUUGACGCUAGGAGAAAGAUGCUCAGAAGCUCAGGUCCCUCCUGGCUGUGAGUGGACUUUUUUUCUUUUCUUUGUGGCUUGUCCCCUUUCCCAACACACUUUUUGCUACAGGGCAUGUCCCGGCCCAACAGUGUGAGCCCCCCGGGCUUCGGAGCCCCUGCACCUCGGGGAGGCACCGAGCAGCAUCGAUCCGCCUGGGGGGAAGCAGAGUCCAGGGCCAAUGGCUAUUCCUAUCCCCUUGCCCCAAACAGGUCAUCGAGCAAGAAGCCUUCUCGCAUGGCGAGCAGGUGGAGGAGUGAGGAAGACUACGAGCCUCAGCCUAACAGGAACCAGGGGGAGAGCGGUUGCAGGAUGAUGAGUUUUAGAUCCAAGUCGGCCUGGCAGGAGCACGGCGAAGAUAGUCGCCACCAGCGCAGAGGGAAUCCCACUUUUACCACCAGCCCUCGGCACUUUGGGGAACUGGGCGAGGUGCGGCCCCGGUCCGUGGAGCUGGGGCUGGAGGAGAAGCGGAUCAAGGCCAAGAUUGAGGAGCUGGAGGAGGAGGAAAGGGACUCCCAGGUGGCCUUCUCCAUGGGCAGCUGCUGCGGCAGCCUGUUGCAGAUCUUCAGGUCCAAGAAGUUCCAGUCGGAGAAGCUGGAGCGUCUCUACCAGCGCUACUUCUUCCGGCUCAACCAGAGCAGCCUCACCAUGCUGAUGGCCGUGCUGGUGCUGGUGUGCCUGGUCAUGCUGAUCUUCCACGUCGUGUACGGUCACUACAAGGUGCCCUACGUGGUGGUGCUCUCGCUGGCCAUCCUGCUGGUGGUGGUGUUGUGCGUGCUGUGCAACCGCAACGACUUCCACCAGGACCACAUGUGGCUGGUGUGCUACUCGGUCAUCCUGGCCAUCGUGGCCGUGCAAGUGGUGGGGGUGCUGCUGGUCUGGCCCAGGAGCGCCUCCGAGGGCAUCUGGUGGACUGUCUUCUUCAUCUACAGCAUUUACACGCUGCUGCCAGUCAGGAUGAGGGCUGCGGUCAUCAGCGGGGUGGUCCUCUCAGCAAUCCACCUGGCCAUCUCCUUGAAGACCAACGCAGAGGACAAGUUCCUGUUAAAGCAGCUGGUCUCCAAUGUUCUCAUCUUCUCCUGCACAAACAUUGUAGGAGUGUGUACGCAUUACCCAGCAGAGGUGUCUCAAAGACAAGCAUUCCAAGAGACCAGGGAGUGCAUUCAGGCCAGGCUACAUUCUCAAAGGGAGAACCAGCAACAGGAGCGGCUCCUGCUCUCUGUACUUCCUCGUCACGUUGCCAUGGAGAUGAAAGCCGACAUUAAUGCCAAACAGGAGGAUAUGAUGUUUCAUAAGAUCUACAUCCAGAAGCACGACAAUGUCAGCAUCCUCUUUGCAGACAUAGAGGGGUUCACCAGCCUGGCCUCCCAGUGUACAGCUCAGGAGCUGGUCAUGACGCUGAAUGAGCUCUUUGCCAGAUUUGAUAAGCUUGCAGCUGAAAAUCACUGUUUACGUAUAAAAAUCUUGGGCGAUUGCUACUACUGCGUGUCUGGAUUACCAGAAGCAAGAGCUGACCAUGCACACUGCUGUGUUGAAAUGGGAAUGGACAUGAUAGAGGCUAUCUCAUUGGUCCGGGAGGUGACAGGAGUCAACGUGAACAUGAGGGUUGGGAUCCACAGUGGGAGAGUUCACUGUGGAGUCUUGGGCCUCAGGAAGUGGCAGUUUGAUGUGUGGUCAAAUGAUGUCACGCUAGCCAAUCACAUGGAAGCCGGAGGUAAAGCAGGGCGAAUCCACAUUACCAAAGCAACCUUGAAUUAUCUGAAUGGAGACUACGAGGUGGAGCUGGGUUUUGGAGGCGAACGCAAUGCUUACCUCAAGGAGCACAGUAUAGAGACCUUCCUGAUUGUAUGCUGCAGUCAAAAACGGAAAGAUGAGAAAGCGACAAUAGCCAAGAUGAACAGACAGCGCACCAAUUCCAUCGGCCAUAACCCUCCACACUGGGGUGUGGAUCGCCCCUUUUACAACCAUCUGGGUGCUCACCAGGUCUCCAAGGAGAUGAAGAGAAUGGGUUUUGAGGAUCCCAAGGACAAGAACACGCAAGAAAGCAUGAACCCGGAGGAUGAGGUGGAUGAGUUUCUGGGCCGUGCAAUCGAUGCCAGAAGUAUUGAUCGGUUACGCUCUGAGCAUGUUCGCAAGUUUCUCUUAACAUUCAGGGAGCCUGACUUAGAGAAGAAGUACUCCAAGCAAGUGGACGACAGAUUUGGAGCCUAUGUGGCUUGUGCCUCCCUCGUCUUCCUCUUCAUCUGCUUUGUCCAAAUCACAAUAGUGCCCCACUCUACAUUUAUGUUGGGUUUUUACCUGACCAGUUUUUUGAUCCUGACCACAGUGGUGUUUGUUUCGGUCAUUUACUCCUGCGUAAAGCUUUUCCCAGCUCCACUCCAGACUCUCGCAAGGAAGAUUGUUCAAUCCAGGACCAAUAGCACCUUAGUUGGGGUCUUCGCCAUUAUACUGGUUUUUCUGUCAGCCUUUGUCAACAUGUUCAUGUGCAGCACUGUGGAUCUUGUCAGCUGUGUGGCUACAGAAUAUAACAUCACUCCCGACCAGGUGGACAUAUGCCAUAUCAGCAACUCAUCUUUCAAUUACAGCCUGGGCACCUGGCAGGGAUUCUGUGGCAGUUCCCUGCCCAAUUGCAACUUCCCAGAGUAUUUUACCUACAGUGUCUUACUGAGUCUCCUGGCCUGCUCUGUGUUCCUUCAGAUCAGCUGCAUCGGGAAACUGAUCCUAAUGUUGAUCAUCGAAUUCAUAUACGUUCUCAUUGUGGAGGUGCCAGGGGUGAACCUCUUUGACAAUGCAGAUCUUCUGGUUGCAGCCAACACUGUUGAGUUCUCUAAUGGAACAUCAACAUGCUCCCAGAAAGCGUCGAGAGUGGCACUGAAGAUUGUGACCCCUAUCGUCAUAACUGUUUUUGUCCUGGCAUUAUAUCUGCAUGCCCAGCAGGUGGAAUCCACAGCAAGGCUCGACUUCCUUUGGAAACUGCAGGCCACUGAAGAGAAAGAGGAAAUGGAGGAGCUACAGGCCUACAAUAGACGCCUCCUCCACAACAUCUUGCCAAAGGACGUGGCAGCCCAUUUCCUGGCACAAGAGCGGCGAAACGAUGAGCUGUAUUACCAGUCCUGUGAGUGCGUGGCUGUCAUGUUUGCCUCCAUCAGCAACUUCUCGGAGUUCUACGUGGAGUUAGAGGCAAACAACGAAGGGGUGGAAUGUUUGAGACUCCUCAACGAAAUUAUUGCAGACUUUGAUGAAAUAAUAAGUGAGGACCAAUUUCGGCAGCUGGAGAAGAUCAAAACCAUUGGCAGUACGUACAUGGCUGCUUCAGGCCUCAAUGACUCUACUUAUGACAAGGUGGGAAAAUCACACAUCAAAGCUCUGGCUGACUUUGCCAUGAAGUUAAUGGACCAAAUGAAGUACAUUAAUGAGCAUUCGUUCAACAACUUCCAGAUGAAAAUAGGGUUAAAUAUUGGUCCUGUGGUAGCUGGGGUAAUAGGCGCACGAAAACCUCAAUAUGACAUCUGGGGAAACACAGUCAAUGUAGCCAGUCGAAUGGACAGUACAGGUGUUCCUGACAGAAUUCAGGUGACCACAGACAUGUACCAGGUUUUAGCAGCCAACGGCUAUCAGCUGGAAUGUCGAGGGGUUGUUAAGGUAAAAGGUAAAGGAGAAAUGACCACCUACUUCCUAAACGAAGGACCGCCGAUCAGUUAACAGCAACCAUGUAACAACUUUAACAAUGGCAUUUGCAUGGAGAAGAAUUGCUGUUUAGCUGUGGACCCAAACGUACAGCGCAGUUGCAUUUUUUCAUGCAACGACUUUAGAGCAUGGUUCUGACAAGCAAAUGAACUUUAGCACAUGCCAUGCAGUGCAGAAGAAAGAAAACACUGUGGAUUAAUUCCCAGUGGAGUGCUAAAUCGACCAAAGAUGCAUCUCUAUGGAAUUCCCAGUUAAACGAAAUGAAUUUGAGGUUUGAAAAUGAAGCUGCUGCACAGGACAUAAGAUAUUUAAAUAUUUAUUGAAGCUACACAAAAUUUUACUGGGUUGAAGGAAUGUAUGAUUCACUACAAAGCAUUAUUUUGGAAAGGAUUUGCACUCCUCUAAUAUUUCCGAUCCAUACAGUCAGUUCUUUCAAGUGUACCCCUAUUCUUUUAUUAGCUGUUUGAUAGGCUUUCAAAAUUAAAAGCGACACCCACUGUUCUACACAAAGGGCCUUUCAGAACAGCAUCGGUAAUGUUUUUAGGUUGAAAAAGACACCUUGCCCUACAAAACUGUCCCCUUUCUCUUUCAUGGCUAACGGGCUACUCUUAUGAAUAGGACUGGUACACCUCAGAUCAAGAUGAGGAAACAUGGCUCUGCAAACAUAUUUAUUAAAUGAAAGUCUUCUGUGCUCUUCUUUGGUAUAUAUCUCAGUUUACAUGUGAAAGACUAGAUGAAAACAAGAGACACUUUAGGGGGAACCCCCCCUCAACUUUCUUGUUUUUGUAUUUUUUAUUUUGUAAUAUUGAAAACAUGGAGAUCUAACAGAUAUACCAAAUUCUAUAUUUUGUAAAUUAUAUAUAUUAGAAAAAAGUCUGUCCACACCAGCGUGUGGUGGGUUGUGUAUAUAUAACCUGCAGAACUAUGUAACAUUCCGUGCAUUAUUCUCUGAAUACAGACUUGGCAGUUUUCAGAUUAAGAGUAAACAAUCAAACAACAGUUGAUGAGGUUGCAGGCCGAGUCAGAUGCAUUUUUAAGUGAAAAAUUCAGAAAACCCUACAGAAGAGGAAAAAAAUCAAGUACAAUAAUCAUUGCAAACAACUGUUCAUUUCAGGAUUCAAGAUGCAGUUGGGGCUGCUAAGGAGUGCAGUGAAUGGAAGUAGGAUGCAUGAUAAAUAACUAAGCUGUUGAGAAUAUCAGACAAGCAUAACAGGGAAGAGCACUAAGCAAAUCUUCAGCUGAAGGUAGCAAAAACUCUGUCACACUGGAACAAAAAUAAGAUCAUUUUUACAAUUCCUUUAAAAUUGUUAUUUUCUCACAGCAGCUAUUAAUAGAAUCCUGAUGAUACACAAAAAGUGUCCAAGAUACUCUAAGUGCCAUUUGCCUUUACAAAGAACUAUGUACUGCAUUGCCAGGUUGACUAUCUUGUAGCAAACAUUUAAUUAAAUUAAUGAUUCACAGCUAUUUUAAGAGUUAGGUGAUUCUGUCUUUUUAAAAAAAGACAGAUGGAUCAUUUGUAUGUGGAUUCAGGAGAUCUUUAAAUAGAGUGACAGAGAUAUCAUGUUGGACAUAUCCUCUUACUGGGGGUGGGGGGUAUAUGAAUAAUUCGUUAUGAUUUAUGUACCUUUUUUAACUUGUAAAAAAUAAACCCUUGCUAUUUUAUUUUUUAAAAAGCAUUUUAAAGCCCUAUUUUUUAUAUUCUAUGAGGGGAGAGUUUUGAUACUGAAUUUGGCUAUCACUAAAAUGACUCAAAUAUUUUGACAGUCAGUAAAGUUCUUUUCGACUCUUCUCAGGGCAAAAAUUACUGUAUUAACAACUUAAUGAUUGCACUAUAGUGGUGAUUUAUAAACUAGGUGUUUCACUUUAUUUUUUACAACAAGAGCAAGUUAAAAUGCAUGGGCCUGUCCUAAUUAAUUUACCAUGUUGCUUAGCAUCCAGCCAUUUAAACUUGAGCUUAAAUGGCACCCCUGUGAUCCUUCCUUUUCCCCUUUAAUAGGCCACAUCUUUGAAAAGUAUAGUAUAUUGACUUCUGUAAAACUGCCAAGUCUGCCCUUGUACUAUACUUUUGCUGCUUUGCAUUUGCUGAUUUGCAAAAUACUUUCGUUACAUGGCACAAUGACCACGCCCUUCCCUUCCCACCCUCUAUCCCUUUCUACCACUCACUGGGUUUCAUCACCUUCAUCAUGUACAUUCAUUUUUAGGUUUGCUUUCUACUUUACUAAAGUCUGUAUUCUUAACUUUUGAUCAGUCUGCUGCUCCACCUUGCGCAGCUGUGUUGUCAAUGAUAUUUCGAGUCCCCACUAUCUCUGACUGCGAUUGUUGACAGUGUGUCAUGAUCAUUUCAAGGGGUAUACACGAUCUUUAUUUUGGCUCCUAUAAAAAUUGAUACCGUUAUGAUUUCCCAUGGAAAUUGAAAUCUAUUUAAGUAAUUUAACUAUAUUAAACACUGUUUCACUGGUAACAUGGCUUUGUUCUACGUUUUAUUUAAGAUCUAGCUGGCUCGUGAAAAAGACAUAUUUGUGCAUCAAAUGAUCGUUAUGCACAAGUUUUAGACGUUCCAUAUUUAAAUGUAAUGUAACUGAUGUGUUCUGUAUAGAAAACCUAGAACUGUAUUUGAAUGAAGUUUUGCGACCAAUUGCACACUCCAGGUUAUCUACUGUGAGACUAUUUAAGCACAGAUCCUCUUAGCACUUAUUUGUACUAUGAACGCCCCACUAUAUGUGUGUGCUGUGUAUUGAGGAACCACCUAAGGUAAAUUAGAGCCAAUAUCAGAAAGCCUGGUUAUAUCUGGCAUAUUUAAAUAGAUGCUAGUAACUCAUGUUACUUUGAAAUAGCUACUCUACCUACAAUGCUACCGUUUUGCUGCACAUGGUUUAUUUGCUACUACUUUCGAAGUUAGCUUGUGUGACGUACAACACAAUUUUAAGGAACAGACCUGUUAGCAUGCCUAGGCAUUAGAAGGUUGAGGCACUUCUGUACAGGGGUUCAAGCUAUACCUCCUAGAACUGAGAGCAAGGCUGAUGUAAAUGCCACAUUCUGUUACAACGCUAACUCCCCAGGCCAACUGGAAGGGGAACUAGUUCUCAUCAAAAUAACACCUAAUAGCUAGAUUCACGAAGAGAUUUAAGCACAUAGAUAUUCAUACCCAACAUUUAGGCACCACUGCUGUCCUAACAGUGUCGAUGUCUGUAUUGCUGCUAGUAGGCACGGGCCAAGCCACGUAAGUGCUGAUGCUGCCCCACAGCUAAUGAGCUUUUUCACUUUCAAUAAUUAAGUAUUUACUGGGGCAAGGCCUUGAACCUGAGGCAGUCUACACCACCAUUUGUGUUGGUGUAACACACACCCCUGAGCCUGUGUGGACAGCGCUAUGUCACCAGGAAAGCGUCUCCAGCCCCUGCGAGUAGUGGGAGUAGUUAAGCUGACCGGAGAGCUCUCUCCCGGCAGCGUAGAGUGGCUACAUAAGAGAGCUUACAGUGUAGCCAUGCCCUAUCUCUCCCUGUGCAUGGUGUGGGGGAACCUGGUGAUUUCAACUUGGUGUCAGGGCCCCUAGGACUUAGGUAUAGCAACCCUGGAGUUCAUCAUAUAUCUCAAAAUAUCAAAUAAGCUGUUUUACAGGUAUAAUUUUUCAAGCACUAACUGGUCAGGCCCUAGUAUUACUGAAAAAGGAGCAGCGAUUUAGAUUGAUUAAGCACCUAACAUAUCAAUAGUGGGGUGUUUUUUUUAACUGAGUUUCCUCUUUGUUCAGAGAAAACAAGGACAAUUUUUAAAAAAUAAUAAAAACCAUUAUGAAUAAAUUAAAUCACCUCUAUUUCCUUUUGGUUAUAGAAUUCCUCCUAUUUCCCUGCCAGAGUAAAGAUAUAUGGAAUCUUGAACUAUUUGUAGUGCCGGGGGGAGGGAGGAUGCGUUAGACUAGAAACCUACAAUCAGUACUGUACUUGCUUCAUCUCCCCAGAAUCUGAAUUUCCCCUUUUUUAGUCUCAGAGGUAUACAAAUAUUGCCAUCUGCUGGAAACAAACUAUUUUACACUUCAGGUAAUCCACUAUGUUAACACCAAAACAAAACAUAGCAUCAGAGGUGGGAGAGAAGCAGGGACUAGAUCUAAUCCAACAGCAUGGUAGAAUUUCCUAAGGAAAGGGCAUGCUAUAUCCAAUAUUUACCUGCUUCUAUAAUUUCUCUCACCUAAAGUGACCAAAAGCAGCUGAAGGAAACCAAAAAACCCAUGUCACUUUUUUCUAGCCAACUCAUUAGACAAGAGUGAGUUUUUUUGUAACGUGAACAAUUUAUAGCUCGGUUGUGAUGACUUAACUCCCUGCUAAGCUAGCAUGUUUCAUCUUUAAAAUGAUUUCUGUACAUUAAUUCACAGAUGAGUAGAGCUAGAAAAAGUCCAGUUAGACCCCAAAUUCCAAGAUAAUCUUCCUGCCCAUGCAUGACUCUUCCCUUCUGUCUAUGUACCAGUGUUUUUUGUCCAGCCUAAUGUUUGUAGGCCAAGAAACAGAGCUUUCACCACUUCUCCUGGAAGGUUAUUCUCCAGUCUAAUCCAUCUCAUUGUCAGGAAGUUUUUCAGGAUCUUUAGCCUACAUUUUCCUUGUCUUAAUUUUGUCCCAUCAGGAGUAAUUAUAUCCUCUCAACAUAUUAUCCAAUCUCUCUUACACUUAACAAUUGGGUCAAUGGAGUUGCGUGAUGAAUACAAUUUCAUAUGUAAAACCCCUGUAAAAUCACUUAGAAAUGCCAAAGUUUACAGAUUUUUUGUCCCAGUUCUGCACAUGGAUCCACACAAGCAGCCCCAUAUUGACAUUACUGGGGAUUCUAGAGGCAGAUUCCUGUGCCCUUAUGGAGCUAUUUGCAGGAUCAGAGCACUACUGGGGCUUUCUUCCAUUAUCACUUAAAAAAAAAAAAGUAAAAUGCCUCUGCAACACAUUCAAUUAUGCAAAACCACUAAUACUAUAAUUCACACAACAUGCAUUUUUACAAUGAGUGGCUGCUACACAAACAUGUAGCUUUCCUGCUAUUACCGUCUUACCAAGUGCCAAGCCAAAACAGCAUAUGUUUAGUGUUUGUAAAUGGUAAUGCAUUUCUACUUAUUACUUAAUCUGGGAUUCAAAAAAGCAAUUCAUGUGGUGGGGUGGGGAGAGACCUAAACAGAUGUCAUUCCUUCUUUGCUAAAGAAACUAGUAAUUAUUAAAGAUACGGUAAUGGGUGUUGAAUAACCUCACCAUUUAAAAAAACUGACAGACUUUAAAACAAUAGUGUUCUACCUCCAGUCAGCCAUUUGAUGCAAAGAAAAUGAGUUCUUUAGGACAAAAAAGUGAUUGGAUUGAAUCUGCUACAUUACCAACUACAUAUUCAAACUUUCAAAAAAAAAACAAAAAAAAAACCAAA